ACGGCCAUCUUACCCAGCACGCCGUGGAAAUGCAACAUUUAUUUGUGUGUGUGUGUGUGUGUAUCCAACAUUAGCCUCCACCAGGGAGAGCUGUGACAACCCCCCCCCCCCUUCCCCUGAAUUGAGUCUCAUCAUAUGUGUUGUAUGUCUUGAAGCCGCUGUUUUUCCUUUCAACAGCCUGACGUGAUACAAUCAGUAGCGGUCGGGGGUCCGGAUGGCGUUCUUAUCCUAUUUACGCUCUCGCUUUAUUGAUUAUUGGCCACCCCGGGAGGUGGCAAGCCCAAGCGAACAGCUAGCGGCUGGCUGACGCGUGAAUACCAAUGAGUGUGAAGGCAAAAAAAAAAAAAUUUAAACAAAUUGAAGACGUCAUCGAGAAAGUAUUUUCACGACCAAAUUGCGCACCGCUUUAUUCGGCGCCGCGUCCAUUUUGGAGACAAUUUAAGACCUUUAAGUGCGCCCUGUGGUUGUGAAAUUACAGCUUGUUUUUUUUUUUUUUUUUGGCGCUGGGUUAAGAAUAACCAAAUUCAAAGCUGCCGGGUUCAAGAUAACCCACCAAGGCAAACAACACAAUCUGCCUUUAACCUGUAUCGGGUUAUUUUAAAUCCAGCAGUUUGUAUUGAUUUGAAACUCAUCACAGAGUCUUCAUGCCAAAAUUUGGUUGCCGACUAGCAAAUGUGGCAUUUUUCGCUGCCAAGUCCCGUUUUGUUUGUCCUUGCGCACAAAAACACGCGCAUCCUCUCUGUCUUCUUUGUGUCUGCGUUGUUGUUAUGAUGACAUUUGUCGCGGCUUCUCUUACGCCUCCCGCCUCCAUUACUGGCAGCAGAAGAGGCCACCGGGGAGCGCGUCGGGCUCGUUGGCUCGCAGUCGUCUGCGCGCACCUUCUCACGCACACGGGCGGAUAAACAGAGGCUUUUGCUGCCUUAUUUUCUGUGUGUGUGGACAUAUGUUCAUCAAAAUGUCUGGAUGGCACGGCAGAGUGCUGCGCGGUGGGCGUGCCAGUACCCACCACAGAAGAAGAAGAAGGAGGAGGAGGAGGGAGAUGACGGGAAGUGGUCGGGGAUCGAUAUCACGUCCAUUAGUUGGCGCGGGUGCAGCCUCGCCGAUGAGCUCGAGCAGCAGCGGCGGCGGAUUCCGCAUCGCACGCAGACGGGCUUCAGGUGGCCUUGGGAAGCGCUCCACCAUGCCCGACUCACCUGCGGAUGUCAAGACACAGUCCAGGUUGACCCCGCCCGCCAUGCCGCCCCCGCCCAGCACGCAAGGAGCCCCCCGAAACAGCUCCUACACCCCCACCACUCUGACGAAUGGCAGCAGCAGCCACUCGCCCACGGCGCUGAACGGGGCGCCGUCGCCGCCCAACGGCUACGGCAAUGGGCCAGGCUCGUCGUCGUCGUCGUCGCUGGCCAAUCAGCAGCUUCCUCCGGCGUGCGGCGCCCGGCAACUGAGCAAGCUCAAGCGCUUCCUCACCACGCUGCAGCAGUUUGGAAACGACAUCUCGCCCGAGAUCGGCGAGCGCGUGCGCACGCUUGUCCUCGGCUUGGUGAAUUCCACGCUAACCAUCGAGGAGUUCCACUGCAAACUCCACGAAGCCACCAACUUCCCCCUGCGGCCUUUCGUCAUCCCCUUCCUCAAGGCCAACCUGCCGCUCCUGCAGCGGGAGCUCCUGCACUGCGCCCGCCUGGCCAAGCAGAACCCGGCGCAGUACCUGGCCCAGCACGAGCAGCUACUGCUGGACACCAGCACCUCGUCGCCCGUCGACUCGUCCGAGCUUAUGCUCGACGUCAACGACAACGGAAAGCGCCGCACGCCCGACAGGACCAAAGAGAACGGCUUUGACCGCGACGGCGGCCCAUACGGGCCCGACGUCCAUCCGAGCAAGCGGCCGUGCACCGUCAGCCCCGGCCAGCGCUUCAGCCCAUCCAACGGCAUCGCGUACCCACCCAACGGCCCGGGCCACUCGGCCGGCCCGCCGCCGCCGCCGCCGCCGCCGCACUACCGGCUGGAUGACGUGGCCGCCAUCGCCCACCACCACUACCGCGACGGCUACCGACACCCGCCCGCCAAUCACAGGGAGAUUCGCGACAGGGCCCGAUCCAUCGGCAUUCACGCGGGAGGGCGCCAGGAGGAAGUGAUCGACCACCGGCUGACGGACAGGGAGUGGGCUGAGGAGUGGAAGCACCUUGACCAUGUAAGAAAACUGCUGAACUGCAUCAUGGACAUGGUGGAAAAGACGCGACGCUCGCUCACGGUGCUGCGGCGCUGCCAGGAAGCCGACCGUGAGGAGCUCAACUACUGGAUCCGACGCUACAGCGACGCCGAGGAGCUGAAGAAGAGCGCCGCCGCCGCCGCCGCCGCCGCCGCCGCCUCGAGUGCUCAGUCUCGGCAGCAGAGCCCGGCAGCGCAGGACAACGCCGCAGCGGACAUUCACAGGGAGCUUCAGCAUCGGCCCGUUUCCGGCUAUGUCCCAGAAGAAAUCUGGAAGAAAGCCGAGGAGGCGGUGAACGAGGUGAAGCGUCAGGCCGUGUCGGAACUGCAGAAGGCCGUGUCGGAGGCCGAGCGCAAAGCCCAUGAGAUGAUCAGCAGCGAGCGCGCCAAGAUGGAGCGAACGGUCGCCGAGGUCAAGCGGCAGGCGGCCGAGGACGCCCUCUCCAUCAUCAACCAGCAGGAGGACUCCAGCGAGAGCUGCUGGAACUGCGGGCGCAAAGCCAGCGAGACGUGCAGCGGCUGCAACACGGCUCGCUACUGCGGAUCCUUCUGCCAGCACAAAGACUGGGAGAAGCACCACCACGUCUGCGGACAGACGCUGCAAGCCCAGGCGUCGUCGUCGGUGGCGCCGCCGCCGCCGCCGCAGCAGCCGGGGGGCGUCGCCGAUGCCGGCCCCGCCCCAGAGACCCCCGCCCCGGUCACCUCGUCGGCCUGCACGCCCAGCAGCUGCAUUGGCAGUCCGGCUGCGACCCCGCCCACCGCCCCUCGCUCGUCCACGCCCAGCACCCCGUCGUCGUCCUCCUCCUCCCCGGAUGGCCACUAGGGGGACCCCCUGUAAAGUAUGCUCAGUUUAUUUGGCUAACGGAGCAAUUGCGCGUGAUGUGGGUCAUAUUGACCCCUCCCCUGUCCCCCAUUGACUUUAAGAGCAAAGAUAUUCUUUGUUGCCAAUGAACGAAUGGAAAUAGACACUCGCUUUUAGCGUUCUUGCUACUCGUCGUCGUCAACGGUCGUUCUUGUUCUCGCAAUUGUUGUCGUGUUUUUUUUUUGUUUUUUUUUUCUUGUAAAUAAGAGCGAGCAGAGAAAGCAGCGUUGUCCUGCCCUCCCCGACCCGGCUAAAAGCUUGAGCUGACUCAACCGUGGAUGCAAGGCACUUUUUUCCGCACUGUCAAAACACUUCAUGAUACAAACCCAAUUCCGAUGACGUUUGUCUUAAACAUAAAAAAAACAAAUAAAAAUACUUUGAGGUCAAUACAUUACAUAGACAAUAUAUUUAGUGUUCCAACUGAUAAAGUUUGAUUUUUGAAAAUAAUCAAUGACUUGGAAUUUAAUAGCUGCAAUACGCUCCAAAAAUGUGAUUGUUUACGAUGACGAUAAGCAACGUUUUAUCACUUUGAGCACGAAACGUCUUUGUCUUUGCGGCGUAUUCAAUUGAAUGGAGCUUGCGCACGAUUUGAAAAUAUAUUUUUUUUCCUUUUCCCGUUGAACACAAAAGUACCAGCGUCAUUGGAAUGUCAUCACAUGGCUUUGUCACAAAUACAAAAACGCAAGUUACAUACGACAGACAAAAAUCAGUGUGCCCAAAAAAAACGGCAGUGCUGUUUUUUUUUUUGUUUUUUUUUUGUGUGCUAAGUUGUUGCUGAAAUCAGCAAGUACUUUUGGGAGCCUCGACGGCAAAACGUCAAAACGCCUCCUCUUGUUUCGCAUUCUAAUUUAUUCUCCUCAUAGGAAAAACUGCUGUUGUGUUGUUGCUGGAAUUGAUUAAAAUUGCAGGUACUUUGAAUGAUACCCCAAAAAAAUUCUCCCAAAAGGGAAACUGCGGUGUGGUCUUGUGCCAUGUUGUCGCCGAAACUGAUCUGGACAUCCGGACAUGAAUACAACAAAAGUGACGACCAUCCUACUAGAAUUGUAACGUCAUUUUGAAAAAGGAAAAAAAAAAUACAUCCACUCAUUUGCCUUGCCGCUAAUGAUGACAAAACCGGCUUUAGUUUUGGACACAAAUUCAACAGAAUCGAGUUGCCCCCAUCCAGCGUAAAAGGCUGCACUGUGGCUCAGAUUUCAAAUUUGGAGUCGAUGGUCACCUCAGACGGGGCUGCAGUUGUUUUAUUUUCCAUUUCUGAUUGGAUUACUUAUUUCCUCCCUACAUUUUGGACCCCCACAGCCCCAACCACCAAUGGACAGACGGACGGAAUAUUCGUAAAUGUGUGUGAGUGUGUGUCCUCAACCUCCUUCCUUACUCAAAACACCUUUGCAAGGAUCUUUCUAGGUCCCAAGACGGAGCGGAUGUCGGCCAAUUUCAGAAACACAAACGACUUCCAUGUUGGCAAAC